GGAAUGAUUUUAAUUUCCCUUCAGAAGAUGACUAUCAGGGGAGUUGCUGCUGCAGUCGUUGCGGUUGGAUAUGGAAUUCAGUUGCGGUUCAUUCACCGUUUGGCGCAAGCCGAGUUCAUCACGCAGCAUUGCCAUUCACACCUCUCCCAAACCUGAUCCUAACCGACGGCUGGAUUGAAACAACAUCAGCUGACUCGUGGGAGGUGAAUCAUGAUGUGUAGUUUCAAUGGGGCCGAGGAUCGCGCGCGCCGAUAGCAAAUCACGAUCCGGCUGAGUAGGUUGUGUUUACCUUAACGGGGAGAUCUGUUGUGAUCGGACGUGUUCUCAGACGGCAGACGGACAGGUGGAUGUUCGAGUUAGUAUUUACCAAAUCUGGAACAGCAAGCACGCGCCAUGUUAAAAGGAAUAAUCAAGUUCAACGGCUACGCGGUGGCCAUUAGCUGCAUAAAUUACGCCAUCACGCGGGUGCUGGAGACGAACGUAGAGGGAAAUAUUUUGCAGCAAAUUCCUUGGAUGAAGAAUCUGCUAGCAACCGAGCAGCGCCCAGAAUCGAUAGUUUAUAUUGGAUUUUUCGUUGCCAGUGUGAUGCUUUUCAUGGGAGUUUAUUGGGAAUGCAAAGUCCUGAUGGUGCCCUUCGUGAUCGCCUACGUCGUCGUGUUGUAUGACGAGACUGGCGGCACUUUCCUAAUGACUAAGCUGUGGGAGGUGAUCUAUACGUUCUACGCGGCAAUCAGUCUGCUGCUCCUGCUGAUGCUGGGGAUUUGUUCGUGCUGCAAAGGAGAUGAUGACAAGCCUCACGGUUCUAAACACAAUCGAAAGCAACGAAAAGCUGGCUGCUGGGCUUUCUUCUGCUGUGGAACCUGUUGCCGAUCGGAGGACGAAAAGGAACUGGACAUGCACUCACAUUGCUCGUGCGAGACGCUGAACAUGCGACCGGCAGGACCAAACGAUAAGCACUAUCAUCGAGUGAUAUUUGUGUAGAUGCUGAGUGGGAAACAAAACGCUGUUUUAGUGCGGAAGAGAUUUCAACCACCAGUAUCUAUCAGUGCUGAUAACCAAAGAGCUUCGCUGGGUUACGACCAAUAUCAGGGGAAACUGAAACGAAGUGUGCUCAUAUCGGUAUUACGGAGUGAAUAUCGGUUGAUCGAGAAAAAGAUUUCAACGAAUACAACGUCUCGUUAUGAAGAGAUGAUUGAUGAUCCCACCUCUAGAUGCAUCGAAAAUUGUAUGAUAUAUCGCGAAAAAUAGUUGUUUUUUUUUCUAGUUUAUACCAAAUUUAGUGUAACACAUUUUUACGGACUGAAACAUGAAAAAGUGAAAUGUGCAUUUAUACGAAAUUCAAAAAUAGUGAAAUAUACUGGAAACUCAUACUCAUGGUAGCGAAUAAAUAUAUGUACAGUCAAAGCUCUCUAUAGCGACAACUUUUAUAGCGACAAAUCUCUCUAUAACGACAUUUCCAAAGGUCCCUUCAAAAUCGCAUAGAAAUUCUUUUCUUUAUAGCGACAUUUCUCUAUAACGACCAUUCCCUGUAGCGACACAUUACCGCUCAUACAUAUCAUUCUCUAUUGCGACAAUUCUCAAGGUCACGCCAACAGUGCAAUAAUAAUGAACUUGAUUGAACUUAGUAUAUGACUAUGAACGAAAAUAGUCUAUAUUAUGUUUUGUGAACGAUUAAAUGUUCGUGCGCAACUAAUAUUAAUAUUCGGAUACUUUACAAAAACAGAGAAAUUUAAAUUUGAAACAUCACUCAACUUGAACAUAUAUUCAGACGCGAUUCUGCUGACGGUACAUUUUCAUAUAUGUAUUCAAAACUCUGCUGCACAUAAUUUUAAGCUGUACCAUAUCGUAAAGCGAAAGAGCAAUGCAAAAAAUAACUCUCGAAAGAGACGUGAUCGCUUUGAAGCUCUUGUGAUGCGCAAUAGGAAACUAACUAAACGAUACCGUGUGGGUAAAAAGGAAUACAAAACAGAUUAGCUGUUGUGGAUCACGUGUACUCAAAAUGAUUCUGGCGCAAAUAAAAUCCAUUCCGCCCAAACAGUGCUAGGGCGAGGCAAAAAAAGAGUGCUGUCAGUUUCCUUAUCUUUGUUCAGUUUCGAGACAUCUGAAUUCAACACGAAUUCAGCUCAGCUAUCACAAUACACACACAUAGGAAACCUGUAAGCUGAUAAAAGAUAGGUAAAGCUUAUUGAAACAAAUCAAUUGAAGCAUUGUUGUACAAGAAUCCCGUGCUUGAGGAAAUAAAGUAUUCGAAUUGAACUUAAAACGAAAAGUAUAGUCCGCGUAACUGUUACAUGGUAAGCUUUUAAAUUCAUACUCACGCAACAGUUUGAAGUAUAGUUUGUUUUAAUAUAAAUUUCCAGUCCAAAAUGAA